AUGCUCAUGAAGGAUGCGACGAACGAUAGGAUUGUCUACGGGACCGUCAGGUACAUUGGAGUCAGCUCGAAACGACCGAAUGUGCGCAGACACCCAAGACAGAACAUCCUGACGCCGCUGGCGGCUCUUUACAUCGUUUCCGCCCUACCUGGGGCACAAGCCACCUGCACUUUUGAUCGAUUCGGACGGGAGCACUGCACCCUGGCCACGGGAGUUCGUAUUGCUAUUGCUAUAGUGGCAGUGGUCGCAUUCGUGCUCGCCAUGAUUGCUUUCGGAGUUGCGCGGAGGAGACGCACCCAGAGGGCAAACCUGGCAUAUGUCAACACCUCUACUAUAGCGGGAGUUGUUCCCCCUCCGGGCUAUCCCCCAUCAGGCGGAUACCAGCCUGGCUACUACCCAUCUCCGCAAGCCGGCCCUGCUCCGUACUACCCCGAUGGGCCCUACUCGCAACCGCCGCCCCAGUUCCCUCCGCAGGCGUAUGACGCGCAAGGGUCUUACGCUCCGCCCCCUGGCCCGCCUCCGGCCUGGUCUCCUCAGCAUCAGUAUGCUCCUCCUAUGGGUCCACCUCCUGCUGCGGACUACAAACAACCUGUGACACCCCCCAUUCCUUCUGACUUCUUGAUGCCGAGCUUGUUCUCUCGCGCGCGGACCACAUCGACCCCGACCAAGAAAGCAUCAUCCAAUCUCGGCGCGCUCGACGAGUUUGGCAGGGUCGACUCUAGGGGCUCCGUCCGCCAGGCCGUCCAGCAGCACCUCGCCGUCAGCACAAAGUCUCGCCAGAGGAAGGACUCCAAGGCCCCCACCAGGGCGCGCCCUCCCGGGGCGGAAGACGAGGAUGUCGACUUUGGGCCGCCCGACGGCAGCUUCCUGCCUUUGAGGCUCGACAGACCGCUCUACGAGAACCUCAACGACCCGGCACAAGAGCUCCCCCCGGCGCAUGAUUACGGGUAUCUGUCGUAUCAGAGACAUGUCAUUCUUGGCUUGGAGGAGGUCGCUCGGCUCGUGGACGUCGUGGGCGACGAGCUCGGUACUCGUGGGUUGACGACCCCUUUCAUCUUCUCGUCUCUCGCUCUCGACGCCUCACCGUCGGCCGUCAAGCGACUUAUUCAGGCAUUCCUCAAGACGUGCUCGAGGCCAUCGCCGGAUGCGGACAGGCAGUGGCGACAGGAGGCGAGAUUGGCGGAGCCGCAUGAGCUGGGCAUGACACUGCGUUGGGGCUUGGCGAGGGCGGUGAGGUGGGUGAACGGGCACGAAGUGCGCGGACUGGUGUCGUACGAUGCCUACCUGCAGUGGCGGGACACCGAAGCUGCGCUGAACUACCCCGGCCUGCACUUCUCGGCGUUCCUCGACCCGCUCGACGGCCUCCUCCGGUCGCUCCUCGUCGGGCUCUUCACGCUCCUCAGCCGGUUUACGGCCCACUCGGCCACUUCGGGACACACCCCGCCCACGCUUUCCCCGCUCUUUGGGCCGUUGCUCUUCGGGCUGGGACCGUCGACGCUCAAUUUCCAUCAUGCAUACAUGCACUACCUCCGCGCAACGACCGCGACGGAGCACCUGAUCCUUGCAUUCAUCCGCUGGCAGGACGCGAAGGCGAACGCGGCCAGUCCGGCGAUUGGCACGCCCACUCGCCUCAAGGCAUGGAUCCAAGGGUAUCCGUCCAUGCUCCCGACGCUGGGAAAGAACGAACGGCCACAGCCGCGCCGGGGUGCCCGCACCGCCCGGGUGCUGAACGUCCGCCGCAACGUGCGGAUGUACUCCCCGGACCUCGUGAAGACGUGCGCAUCCUGGGCGAACCGCCCCCGCGCCGCGGCGUCGAGUGCGGGGGAGCGCGCUUUCGCCGGCUCGAAAGAGUGGGAGCGGAUCGCCCCGCCGACGCUCAAGCUCCCCCCGCGGUACUCGGACGGGUACAAGAAGCGGAUGGUGCUGGCGCCCAACUUCCACCCCGACACCGGAAUCCCGGGAUCGACAUCAUCGACGCUCACUCCACCGUCGCUGUCGUCGUCGAUCUCGUCGGCGUCGUCGGCCGGGUCGACGCUCUUCGAGGACAAGGAAGGCGAAGAGCGCUUCCGGAGCCUGACAGACCUCAAGUGGGGCGAGUUCGAGGCGAUGGGCUUCGGCAACAUCGUCGCUGACGAGAAGAAGCUGCAAUUUGACCUCACUGAGGGUGCACGCGCGGCCCGCGCAGCGAAGCGUGCGACGCUCAAUUGGCAGGACUUCUCAAGUUCCGGCUUCUCGCGGACGGACGCGCACCUGAGUGCGACGCUGCAGUUCAGCGCACCGGUCGCGAACCAGAUCACCUCGUGGCCGGCGCACCAGGCGGAGAUGCACCGGAAGCUGAAGAAAACGCAGAAGGCGUUGCCGGCCUUCGGCUGGGACACGGAGCCGAUCAUGGGUGGGGAAGAGGUCAUCGAGGAGGCGUUUGUGGAUGUGUUCUGUGAUCUGAUCUACGGCGGAGGGUGGAUGGACGACGAGCGGCACGAGGAGACUGAUCGAGAGUGUAACUGGGCUUUGGUCGAAUUCAAGUCGCUUCCCGUCUCACGGACGAACACGGCGUCGGGUACGAGCGAUCCGCGAACGGCUACUACGCUCAUCCUCUUUGAAGAAUUUGUUCCCUACGAAUACAGGCAACAGCUUGCCUCCGCCGGCCAAAGUCGCCGCAAACUGCCUUCUUUCUUUUCUUCUGGGACCAAGUCUAAACAGUGGAAGCCGGCGGCCACGCUGAACGGCCGCCCGUAUGUGGUUGGAGCUGUCCCACAUAGUCCGAGCUUCCGCGAAGUCGAGUUUGAGGGUCUCCUCCGUUCGAAUGGCAGCGCGACUAAAGUGAUUUCCCUGGCCCGCAGUCCUAACAGAGAGCAAGGAAAGACGGCCCCUCCUGUCGCGAGCACUGUCGCGACUCCGGGCCACGAGCUGAGCGCAAAUCCAUUGGUCAACGUGACGAAUCCGGCGUUGAAGACGCAGUUUCUAACCCCGUUGCGUACGGACUCCCCUAUGCCCACCCGAGCCGGCCUCGGCACCCCUCGUGACGAGAGCGGAACACCGACCAAGAAAGGCUCUCGGUUUCGCCUCCCCACCGGAUUGCCAACGAGCCCGGCAGGCAAGCGAGCCGGCCUUUUGCCUACAGAGUACGACCCGGUGGAUUUUGACACGCGCCUUGCGAGCUUUGACGACGACCUACCGAGAGACAGGCACCAGCGGCGGAAGUCAAAGGACGACGCGUGGGUAGACAUCCUCGUCGCCACCAACAACCGUCGUAUGGCCGGGCAGGACGCGGAGCUGCGUAACGGGCUCAGAGGCGGUCGCUCUGAUCCCGAGCUCGCGAGCCAGGAGGUGUCCGAGGUGCUCGCUGCCGUCCGGGGCCACUUCUCGGACGAGGAGGACGAGUCGAUGGAGCCCGUCGCGGGCCCCAGCGAUGAUGCCAAUUGCGAUACAUCGACCAUCCAGGACUCCCUGCUCGAGCGCGACAUGCCUGAGCGUGAAUCGGUCGCGGAUGGUGACGAGGGCGAGGGACUCUCUCAGCCCGUCCCGAGGAAGCGCAUGGGCUAUUUUGACCUCCAUCCCGAACGCCGUCCUCCCACCUGGACCAGCGACGCUCGCGACGAGUUGGGCCGACCGUCUUAUGAGAGCGACACGUCGACGGAGAACCCGUACACUGCUGCGACUGUCACAAUGCGCACGAAUCUGGCUAUCAGGGAGGAUUCGGCGCUGCUCAGGCAGUCCGCGGCCUCGGAGUACGAGUCUGAUCCCGAGCCCGUCGUAGCCGGCUCUCAGGCCGUGCCCCGGGAUGUCAAGACACUUCCGCGAGCCCCCGGCGACGGACCUGUGCCUCCUGCGAAGACAAGUCUGAGCAAAACGGCGCAUCUUAUCGAGAUGUACCGCGAGCGCGAGCGGCAGACGAGCCCUAUCCCUUCAUCGCGGCUGCCUGUCCGCCAAGCAUCUCUCCAAGCCCCAACCCCCAAUGGCAACGAUCGCUCGCGCUCGACAUCCCCAUCGCCCCGUCCCUCUCCUCGCCCCUCUCCUCACGCGGUCGUUCCUGCCGAGCUUCCGGAGAUUGAUGACCCCGCGGACGACAAGGUGAGCGUCGAAGAUAUUCCGAUUGAUCUUCCCACACAAUACGUGCACGGCGCCCCCCUUCACAACGUCAUCGAGGAACCAGAGGAAGAGGAGGCGUAG